AUGUCUGCGGAGCCGGAUCACACCCAUGAGAAGAAGCGGGUCAACCUCCAGGAUGCUUCUGGUGCCGAGAAGAAAGAUGUCAGCCAGCCCAGCUCCAGCUUGCCAUCAAGCUUGCCAUUCAGCGCAGAUGCUAACAGAAUCCAACAGGAACUCGACACAUCUACUGCUAUUUUGAAGAAAAAGAAGAAGCCCAACUCGUUGAUCGUCACCGAUGCCGUCAACGAUGACAACUCGGUUAUUGCCCUAUCCAACAACACCAUGGAGACUCUCCAGCUCUUCCGUGGUGACACAGUUCUCGUUAAGGGUAAGAAGCGCAAGGACACCGUGCUGAUCGUCCUCGCCGACGACGAUCUCGAUGAUGGAAGCGCCCGAAUCAACCGUGUCGUGCGCCAUAACCUCCGUGUUAAGCACGGCGACGUUAUCACUGUUCACCCUUGCCCCGAUAUCAAAUAUGCCAAGCGUAUUGCUGUCCUCCCUAUCGCCGAUACCAUCGAAGGUUUGACCGGAUCCCUCUUCGAUGUCUACCUUGCUCCAUACUUCCGCGAAGCCUACAGGCCAGUGCGACAGGGUGACCUGUUCACUGUACGAGGUGGUAUGAGACAAGUUGAGUUUAAGGUGGUCGAGGUGGACCCACCAGAAUACGGAAUUGUUGCACAGGACACUGUCAUCCAUUGUGAGGGUGAGCCAAUCCAGCGUGAAGAUGAGGAGGGUAAUCUUAAUGAGGUGGGCUACGAUGAUAUCGGUGGAUGUCGGAAACAGAUGGCUCAGAUCCGUGAAUUGGUCGAGCUUCCUCUCCGUCACCCUCAACUCUUCAAGUCCAUUGGUAUCAAGCCUCCCCGUGGUAUCCUGAUGUAUGGCCCUCCGGGUACUGGUAAGACGUUGAUGGCUCGUGCUGUCGCCAACGAGACUGGUGCUUUCUUCUUCCUUAUCAACGGUCCCGAGAUUAUGUCCAAGAUGGCCGGUGAAUCCGAGUCGAACUUGCGAAAGGCCUUCGAGGAGGCCGAGAAGAACUCACCUGCCAUUAUUUUCAUCGAUGAGAUCGACUCGAUCGCCCCCAAGCGUGAGAAGACCAACGGAGAAGUCGAGCGUCGUGUCGUCUCUCAGUUGCUCACCCUUAUGGACGGCAUGAAGGCCCGCUCUAACGUCGUGGUCAUGGCCGCCACUAACCGUCCCAACUCAAUUGACCCUGCCCUCCGUCGUUUCGGCCGUUUCGAUCGUGAAGUCGACAUUGGCAUCCCCGACCCAACCGGCCGUCUUGAGAUCAUGCAGAUUCACACUAAGAACAUGAAGCUGGGUGAGGAUGUUGAUCUGGAGACCAUCGCUGCCGAGACCCACGGUUAUGUCGGCUCUGAUCUGGCAUCCCUCUGCUCUGAGGCUGCCAUGCAACAGAUCCGUGAGAAGAUGGACCUCAUCGAUCUUGAUGAGGAUACCAUUGAUGCCGAAGUCCUGGACUCCCUCGGUGUCACCAUGGAGAACUUCCGCUUCGCCCUAGGCGUGUCCAACCCCUCUGCCCUGCGCGAGGUUGCUGUUGUCGAGGUUCCCAAUGUUCGCUGGGACGAUAUUGGUGGUCUCGAGGAAGUCAAGCGCGAGCUUAUCGAGAGCGUCCAGUACCCCGUGGACCACCCCGAGAUGUUCCAAAAGUUCGGUCUUUCACCUUCCCGCGGUGUUCUGUUCUAUGGUCCCCCCGGUACUGGUAAGACCAUGUUGGCCAAGGCCGUAGCCAACGAGUGCGCUGCCAACUUCAUUUCCGUCAAGGGCCCCGAAUUACUGAGCAUGUGGUUUGGUGAGUCGGAGAGCAACAUCCGUGAUAUCUUUGACAAGGCCCGUGCUGCCGCCCCUUGUGUUGUCUUUCUCGAUGAAUUGGAUUCUAUUGCCAAGUCUCGUGGUGGCUCCGUUGGCGACGCCGGCGGUGCUUCGGACCGUGUUGUCAACCAGCUUCUGACAGAAAUGGAUGGUAUGACCUCCAAGAAGAACGUCUUCGUCAUCGGUGCCACCAACCGCCCCGAGCAGCUCGAUGCCGCCCUGGUUCGUCCUGGCCGUCUAGAUACCCUCGUCUACGUUCCUUUGCCUGACCAGGCAUCGCGUGAGGGCAUCCUCAAGGCACAACUCCGCAAGACUCCUGUUGCUGGGGAUGUCGACUUGUCAUUCAUCGCCAGCAAGACCCACGGCUUCUCUGGUGCCGAUCUUGGCUUUGUGACUCAGCGUGCCGUCAAGCUCGCCAUCAAGGAGGCUAUCUCUGCCGAUAUCGAGCGUGUCAAGGCCCGGGAGGCUGCUGGUGAGGAUGUCACCAUGGGUGACGAAGAUGUUGACGAGGAAGAUCCCGUGCCCGAGCUUACCCGCGCUCACUUCGAGGAGGCUAUGAAGUCGGCUCGCCGCUCCGUCAGUGAUGUUGAAAUCCGCCGAUACGAGGCCUUCGCCCAGAGUCUGAAGAACUCUGGGGGCAGCAGCUUCUUCCGCUUCCCUUCUGCUGGGGAAGUUCAGAACAAUGACACCUUCGGCGAAGCCGGCAACGAUGACAGCCUCUACGACUAA